CCGUUCCGUGCGUUCCUCUGUUUCUCAAACUAUAUAAAGAUCACACGAAAAAUACUCUAUUUACUAAACUAACUAUUCCAGGACGCAGAAAACAAACCUUUUAAUUUUUAAUAAUGGGUAAAACCUCUAAAGAUAAAAGAGAUAUAUAUUACAGGUUAGCCAAAGAAGAAGGAUGGCGAGCACGAAGUGCUUUCAAACUAUUACAAAUAAACGAGGAACACAAUAUAUUUAAGGGAGUAACACGUGCUGUGGAUCUCUGUGCAGCUCCUGGCAGUUGGAGUCAAGUGCUGACAAAAAAAUUGCGUCAAAAUGCCAGUAACGUAGAAGACGUUAAAAUAGUAGCAGUAGACUUACAAGCGAUGGCAGCUUUACCAGGUGUAAUUCAGAUACAAGGCGAUAUUACAAAGCUGUCGACUGCGAACGCAAUAAUUCAGGAGUUCGAAGGUCUUAAAGCUGACUUGGUAGUGUGUGAUGGGGCUCCUGAUGUAACUGGGCUGCAUGACAUUGAUGAAUAUGUGCAGUCACAGCUGUUGCUAGCGGCACUCAAUAUAACUACUCAUGUAUUAAAAAUUGGAGGAGUAUUUGUGGCUAAGAUAUUUAGAGGGGAAGAUGUUUCUCUUCUAUAUUCACAACUAAAGCAAUUUUUUGAAUAUGUAACAGUUUCCAAACCAAAAAGUUCAAGGAAUUCCAGCAUAGAAGCUUUUGUUGUGUGCCAAAAUUACCAGCCGCCUGAAGGAUAUGUACCAAACAUGGUGAAUCCAUUGUUGGACCAUGAAUAUUGUGAUUUCAAUCAGUUCACUGGCCCUAACCGGGUCAUAGUACCAUUUAAUGCAUGUGGUGAUUUGAGUGCCUAUGAUUCUGAUACCUCGUACCCAUUGCUGUUAGAUGGCCAAACAUCAUAUGAAUACAAAGAACCUGUUCAAAGUCCCAUAAAUCCUCCUUAUAAGGAAGUAUUGGAAAAAACGAAAAAUUUGCAAAUUAAAAACACAUAGCUUAUUGAAUGAAGCUUUGCCUGCAUCUCCAAUGGUGGUAAAUAAUGAUGUGGUGCACAUGUUGGGACUCAGGAAUUUAUCAGAAAAUGUCUGUUUAGUUGUCCUUUAUAUGUGAUAAUGAUUAUGCAACUUGUAAUAAUUAUUUUUAAGUUAAAUAAAUAUUAUAUAACUAUUAAA